AUGUUUCUGAAGCUCUCCAUUGCACUGAACCUGCUCCGCUUGAGCUUGACUGUUGUCUACUGUAUUGGCGGAAUGUUCCCGUUUCUCCUCAACUGCAAGCCGAUGUCAGGGUAUUGGGACAAGACUCUUCAGCCGAAACCGGUUUGUAUGGCUUUGCCGCUGUUUAUCAAGCUCGGCGUACUUAACACUGCUCUCAAUAUCUUCACCGACGUUGUUCUUGCCACGCUUCCCGUGCCUGUUAUUUGGAACCUGCAAAUGAAACUUAGACUUCGACUUUACGUCAUUGGUAUCUUGAGUCUCGGCUACCUUGCCGUUGCCAUGGGAAUCAUCAAGGCCGUUUACCAAAUCGCAUUUGGCUCCGAUAUGGAUAAAACAUACCAUUACCACAUCUUUGUCUGGGGAUUUCUCCAAAUUCAGUUCGGAAUCAUCGCGGCCUGCGCGCCCGCCCUCCGACCCCUCGUCAGCAAGAUUCUGCGCCUCACCUCAUACGAUGACUACACGAACGAGUAUGGCAGUAGGUCACAUAUGAGCGGAACUGCAGUGCGGCACAAGCACCGCAAUACCAUGCGCAGUGGCAUGGGUCCGCGAGUAGUCAGGGAUCAGUACGAGCUGGAUGGCAGGGAGAUGGGUGAUGGAGACAGCGACGACUGUCCUAUGCCAACUGCCAAGGGAGCAACGGUGACUACGGCAAAGUUCUACAAUGACAAAACUGGGGAGGGGUCGGGCAGUGAGGAGUUGAUUCUGCAAGGUGGCACAAGGAACAGUUUCAAGGGUAUCAUGAAAACCACGGAAGUCACUGUAAAAUAG